ACUGCAUUUAAAUAGUCAAGCAGUACAUUUUUUUCCCUACUUAUCCUAAGCACUAAUACAAGCACAAUGGAAAUUGGAUCAGAUUUACAAUAUUUGUUGUUCAACCUAGCACUGAAGCAGUCUAGACAUCACUGUACUGUAACAAAGGAAUAGUAAAUCUGCCUCCUGUUGCUUUAAGACCACAUGGCUCCACCUCUUUGCAUUUUUUUUUACUUUCAGAUUUGCUACUUCCUUGUUUUGUAACAUGGCCAGUAUGGGUGCGUCUUUGGAAACUCCAGCAUGCCCGCUGUGCCACAGACCGUACCAGGAGAGAGUUGACCUGAGGUGUGGGCACAGCUUUUGCCAAGUGUGCAUCCAGGAGCUUUGGAGCUACGCCACUGCAGGGCCUCGCUACUGCCCAGAGUGCCGGGAUGAGUAUAAGAAAAUGCCGGCCUUCAGCUCAGAAGAUCAGAUGCACAGUGAAGCAGCCGGCCCUAGCACCACCCAGUGCCAAGACGAAUAUAAGAAAACGGCAGCCUUCAGCUCAGCAGACCAGAUGCACAGGGACGUAGCCAGCCCUAACACCACCCAGACCACCACUAGCUCUGUGCCCUGUGAUUACUGCAGCAAGAUCAGCCAGCCCGCUGUCAAGACCUGCCUGGUGUGUGGGGCCUCCAUGUGCUCCCACCAUCUCAAGCCCCACCUGGAGUCAUCUGUGUUCAAGAGCCACCCUCUCGUGGAGCCCACCUCCGACAUCUCCACCUGGAAGUGCAUGGAGCACCAGGAGCUGCUGAAGAUCUACUGCAGGGAGGACGGGGUGUGUGUGUGCACGGUCUGUGCUGUGAUCGGAGCACACAAGCAGCACACCUGCGUGAGCGUCACAGAGGCUGAGCAAGAGCUGAGGAGCAAUCUGAAGGACGGGAUGCUGAAGAUUAAGGCAAACGCCCAGACUGUCCAGGACAAUUUAGCAGAGCUGAGGGAGAAGAAACUAAGGAUUCAGGCGCGGAUCGACGAGGGGAAAGCCCACGUGGAGUGGCAGUACAAGGCUCUCCGGCGCCAUCUGGAGGUGGAGGAGAGGGAGGCGCUGCAGCGUCUGGACAGGGAGGAGAGGAAGACCUUGGCCGGCAUCGAGGCUCAGCUGGAGCAGCUGGAGGAGAACCUGCAGGAGAUGCAGGGGAGCGCAGGGGUCCUGGAGAGGCUGUCCCUACCCAGAGAGCAGGCCUUCAUACUGGAAUACAACAAGAUGGAAAAGAGUAUCGCUGUGAUGUCCAGUCCAGUGGCCCAGCUGGAGUCCACCAGAGAACUGGACAAGGAUAAACUGGAGAGGCUGGAGUGCUGGGCAGAGAAGAGACUGGAGACUGUGUCCAACCACUUUGAGACAGACAGAGACGCUCUCGUUCUGCUGUAUGGGACAACCCCGUCCUUGAACCCGGACAGCGCCCAUCCUAAACUGGUUCUGGCCGAUGGAAACAGGACAGUUUUCUUCACUGAGAAGACCCAGCCAUACCCCCAGCAUGCUCUGCGCUUCGACACCUUCCCCCAGGUCCUGAGCACAGAGCCCCGAGAGGCCGGCCGCUCCUACUGGGAGGUAGAGGUCAAAGGUGAAGGGCGCUGGAAGGUGGGCGUCUCUGACCCCCAGAUCGGCAGGAAGGGGCAGGAUGACCGCUGCAGGCUGGGGUACAGCAAUCUCUCCUGGACCCUUUAUGGGGAACCGGGAAAGAUGGAGGUCUGGCACAAUAAGAGCUUUGUCCCGUUAGCUCCCAGCAACCCCAAGAGAGUGGGGGUGUAUCUCGAUUACGAGGGCGGCUUGAUCGCCUUUUACAGCGUGACAGGGAACACGAUCACCCUGCUGCACAAAUACCAGGAACACUUCACCCAGCCGCUCUACCCAGCCCUGGCAGCUUCCAAAUCCAGUCUCUCUUUUUGUGACCUGUCCUAAAAAUAUGAAGUGGGACGGUUGGUUCAAAUCAAGCUUUUCUACCAACAAUGGAACACUUUGCUAAUUGUCAAGCUGAGCAAUUUUGUAGGUUGAGAUCUUUAAACUAUGCACCUAAAUCUAAUGUAAGACUUCUUUAUGAUUCAGAGGAACUUUUUUUGUAUUUAAUACACAUAUUUUGGAAAUUAUUUUUAAUACUUUGUUUACUGCGAUGAAAGCUUUUAUAUACCAAAGAAAUCCAGUAAUGGAAAACAAUAGUAAUAUGCAAAUCAAGAAUAAGUAAGAGCUACCACCUCAGACUCUCCUGGCACUUUAAAUACACAAAGGUUGUUGCCAGUAAUACUAACCCGCUUACCUGCUUUACAGACGCACUUCGCUAUUUGCAUUUGUAUCUCCAAAGCACCUGCUGCAAGUCUUUACUUCAACAGUGAUAGUUUUGCAAAGGGUGCUUUUAUGAAACCAUGAACUGUAUUUUCAUUUGAACUAUAAAUCAUUUGUAUCCAAUAAUAUUUGAUAUUCCUUUAA